AUGCACGAUGCGGUGGCCAACAACGCAGCCCGGAGCAGGGUGCGAACUGUGAGCUGGAAAUAUGCUCUCGUGAGUCCUGGCCUCGUCGAGCAGACGCUGGGUUCAGGGGUCACCACUGUCGUGGCUUGGGAUGCGAGGUGCUUUGACAAGAAUCUGGCCAACGGCAGAUGCGGAUGCGGUAUUAAACACGGCUAG